AUGACUUCCACCUAUCCGCCACAGGUGACGAGUGGCUACACGACUACAUUUAUUCCAUUAACGACAGCAUGGACGGCACCGGAAUACUGCUCGACACAGUAUCUUGGUAUGAACGGCACAGAUGGAGACCUCACGUAUAGGGCCUUUGACCCAUUUUACCACCAGUAUGCCAACACAAGCGCAACGUGUAACCCCAGCCAAAUACUCGAACCUUCGGGGGAUGACUGGACAUCCCUGGGUCCGUUUAUUUGUCCUGGGAACUGGACUUCGGUCGCGGAGACUCUUACUGAAGGGUCAAGUACACAGACUGCGUGCUGUCCUUCAGACUACACUGCAAAUGUUGUCCCGAACACGGAUGGAUAUCUUGACGUGGACUGCAUUUCUUAUGCUGGAGGUGAUAUGAACCUUACCUAUGCAUCCUAUGGUCUACCAACAAGUAACAUGGCAUUUAUCACUACAUUCAUCACUGAUGGCUGGAAGCUAUAUGCGGAUCCUGCGUCAGGAUGGAAUAUCGGGCCUUCCACCGCAAAUGCUACCACGACCGGUUCUACUACUCCUACAAGCACAGACGUGGGAAAGUCUACCUCGACUGCAGGGUCAGAACAUCGUGCCUCUGGUGAUGAUGGUGCUGGACGCAAGGCGGGGAUUGCGGUUGGUGUUGUAGUCGGGGUUUUAGCUGUGCUGGCACUGUUCGCCUUCUUCAUUGUACGCCACCGACGAAGUAAGCGAGGUCUUGCGACAGGCGAAGAUAAUAAGCUGCCACCCGGGGAGCUGUCUGCUGAUCCUGAAUUAUUCGAUCCACAGGAAAUGAGUGGAAAGGGUCUGGCGGAGUUAGGAGGUAGACAUGACCGGGCAGAGCUACAUCACGAGAGCGUCCAGGAACUACCUGGAUAA